UUUCAAGGGAAUUGGUAACUAAACGGACAUUGUUGGACCGUUUUUGCUGGGAGUUCUUCGUUUUCAUAUUUAGAGCCUUUGGAUCUUAGGAAAAUAGAGGCCAUUUUUUAGGAGUGGAAAUUUUUUGGAGUAAAAGGUGUUCACGUGGAUUUUGAUACCCUGGGUUUACUCUACAUUGUUCUGGGUUCUGUUGAUAAAGACGAACGUAAAUGUAUCAGAGGAUAUUGUCGUUGGUUUAGAAACGGUUGGAUUCAAAAGUGAAAUUUUUUCCAUUCUCUCAAUAAUCUGAGUGACAAAAGUCUACAUUACGGAUUAGUGCAAUAAAUCGGCCAGGGAUGGAACCAAUGACCUUGGGAUCACCUGUGGGCAGUCCAGCGCAGAGCCCUGGAAGUCCUGCAAACAAUUCGGCGUACCUUCCAAAUUUUAUAUUGGGAGAGACAACCCAUACGCCUGGAAGAAUGGCGUUGUCCAGCGUUUCCGAUACAUCUCGUUUCUCGACCAUCAACAGUCCGUCCGGUCUCCCCUCGCCAAUUUCCAGCUAUGGAAGCCCGGAUUACCGUCACAAUCGACAGAAGGCCAUGUUUGCGAAUGCAGCGUCUCCAGGCACCCCCCGAAUUGGUGGAGAGUGUCUCACCGGGGGUCCUCCCACGAGAGAUCUCUUCGACACUUUUGAAACUGCUCCACCAACGGACUCAUUUCCUGGGGGAAACAGAAGAAGUUUUUCAAGAAAUUUAAUCAAUAGUAAUGAUCCAUUGUUUUUGGACAGCCUUAACAUUGGUACAGGCGAGAGCCAGGGCCUCCUCAGAUGGAUCACCAUCUUUGGAUUUCCUUCAAAUGCUCUCAAUAUAGUCCUCUCACACAUCUCAAACAGGGUUAGGAUUGUUGAUAAGCAUCCUCCCCCUCAGCCACAAAGUAACUGGAUUCAUUUGAAAUGUGCAACUGAACAAGAAGCACAGAGAGCAUUGGCCUGCAAUGGGAACAUUGUCUCCGGAUCCAUCAUGAUUGGCGUGACUCCUUGUACUGAUGAGGGAGUCGUCAUGAGUCCUGACAAGGAAAACAGAAUGGCCAAUGGCAGUAUGAGAAUCUUCUCAACUAGCAAUACAAACAGGCCUGAACCUACGAAUAUUUUGACUAGUCCCAAUAGUUCCAUCAACAAAAGAGUGAUUUUCAAUGCUCAGUACAGCCCCUCGAAUAUUAGACAACCUGAUAACGUUCCUCAGCGAUCCACGGGCAUCGUUUCUAAGGCCAUGGAAUAUGUCUUCGGGUGGUGAUUUAUAUUCCAUAGAAAAGAGAACAAUUUUUGUACACAUAAUUUACCAUUGAUUUCAUACGCUUGUUUAUUUUUACUAAUUGUAUUGUAUUAUGUUUUCAAUAUCUGGUUUUUCUUGUGACUGAAUUACCUGGAGUUUGUAAUAAUGAAUUAUUCAUUUUCAAUUGCUGGUGGACAAGUUUUGACAAUGUUUUAUUGAGCAAUUUUGGGUAUUUCUUAAAUGAAGAGAGAAUUUAUUAAAUUCCAUAGGUUUAUUGAUCUAAAUUCUCGAAAUUAAUUUCCCCUUAAAUAAGGGUGAGCUAUAAUGAGGUAAAAAACACGUAAUUAUUAGGAAAUUUCAUCACUAGUUUGAAGAAUACUUGAGUCAGUGUUGAUCGUGGAGUCAAUCAUUGGAAUUACUGUAUCGGGAUUAUUUACUUUUCAUUAUAGCUUAGAAUUUUAAUAAAAUUUUAAUAAUUCUAUUUAAUCAUUAAAAUAGUACAAUUUGCACGUGAAAAAAAAUUAUUGCUAAUUAUUAAUAACCAUUAUUUUUAUUCGUUUUCUCAUUGUUCUACUUAUACUUAGACAAUCGUUACAGUCUUUUGAGACCAAUAUAUGAAUAAAUAAUCGUAGCUCUGAA